GGUCUCCUCUCGCUCCUGCGCAACCUCAAGGGGGAUGAUGAGGAGCUGCGCAUGCUGAUGCUUGGCCUCGACAACUCUGGCAAGACGACAGCCCUGAAGCAGCUCGCGGGCGAGGAUAUCCAGUCAAUCACGCCGACACAGGGCUUCAACAUCAAGUCGGUCACCACCGCCGGCUUCAAGCUCAACGUUUGGGACAUUGGCGGCCAGAAGCACAUCCGGCCGUAUUGGAAGAACUACUUCCAGAACACGGAUGCGAUCGUUUACAUGGUCGACUCGGCGGACAAGCGCCGUAUGGACGAGGCGGCCGAGGAGCUGAAGGAGCUCAUGGAGGACGAGACCUUGAGUGGGGUCCCGGUCCUUAUCUUUGCCAACAAGCAGGACCUGCUCAACGCGGCGACGGCCGCAGAGAUCAUGAAAAGCCUUGAGAUCACCGCUAUCAAGGACCGUUGGGUUCACAUCCAGGCCUGCUCCGCCAAGACGGGUGACGGCCUCGACAACGGCUUCGAAGCUCUGCUGACAGGUGGUUUAUAA